UCCUUUUUUCAUUUCUCUCUCACCAUUAAGGUUGAGAAUCUCUCGGCGAGGAGGGGUUUGACAGUGGAAAGGCAGGACUGCAUCUCGGCUACGCUACACAUCCAAGCCUGGCAGCUUGCAAUGAAACACUAGCGGAUUGUCAGCUGAAAGUAUCUGCAGAUAUCCCAGGCUGCUUCACCCCAGCAGUAAGGUGUAGACGUCAGUGAGAUGGUGGCCCUGUCGCUGAAGAUAUGCGUGCGCCAGUGCAACGUGGUGAAGACCAUGCAGUUCGAACCCUCGACUGCGGUCUACGAUGCCUGCCGGAUCAUCAGAGAGAGGGUACCAGAGGCACAGACUGGACAGGCCUCUGACUAUGGCCUCUUCCUUUCGGAUGACGACCCCAGGAAAGGAAUCUGGUUGGAGUCGGGAAGAACCCUGGAUUACUACAUGCUCCGGAACGGGGACAUUCUCGAGUACAAGAAGAAGCAGAGACCGCAGCGCAUCAGAAUGCUGGACGGCGCCAUUAAGACCAUCAUGGUGGACGACUCCAAAACCGUGGGCGAGCUGCUGGUCACCAUAUGCAGUAGAAUAGGAAUCACCAACUAUGAGGAGUACUCGCUGAUCCAGGAGCAGGUGGAGGACAGGCGGGAGGAAGGCUCGGGGACAUUGAGGAAGGACAGGUCCCUGCUGAGAGACGAGAGGAAGAUGGAGAAGCUGAAGGCCAAGCUGCACACGGAUGACGAUCUGAACUGGCUGGACCACAGUCGGACAUUUCGGGAGCAGGGCGUGGAGGAGAGCGAGACGCUGCUGCUCAGGCGUAAGUUCUUCUACUCGGAUCAGAAUGUGGACUCCAGGGACCCCGUCCAGCUCAACCUUCUGUAUGUGCAGGCGCGGGACGACAUCCUGAACGGAUCCCACCCCGUGUCUUUCGACAAGGCCUGCGAGUUUGGCGGGAUCCAGGCCCAGAUCCAGUUCGGACCGCACGUGGAGCACAAACACAAGCCGGGCUUCCUGGACCUGAAGGAAUUUCUGCCCAAAGAGUACAUUAAACAGAGGGGGUCUGAAAAAAAGAUCUUUCAGGAACACAAGAGCUGCGGGGAGAUGAGCGAGAUCGAGGCCAAAGUGAAGUACGUGAAGCUGGCCAGGUCCCUGCGCACGUACGGCGUGUCCUUCUUCCUGGUGAAGGAAAAAAUGAAAAGCAAGAAUAAGCUCGUCCCGCGGUUGCUGGGCAUUACCAAAGAGUCCGUCAUGCGCGUGGACGAGAAGACCAAAGAUGUGGUCCAGGAGUGGCCGCUCACCACCGUGAAGAGAUGGGCCGCCUCCCCCAAGAGCUUCACCCUGGAUUUCGGGGAGUACCAGGAGAGCUACUAUUCUGUCCAAACCACCGAAGGGGAGCAGAUCUCCCAGCUCAUUGCGGGGUACAUCGACAUAAUCCUGAAGAAGAAGCAAAGCAAGGAUCGUUUUGGCUUAGAGGGCGAUGAAGAAUCUACAAUGCUGGAAGAAUCAGUCUCGCCCAAAAAGUCCACCAUCUUGCAGCAGCAGUUUAACCGGGUGGGGCGGGUGGAGCACGGCUCGGUGGCGCUGCCCGCCGUCAUGCGCUCGGGUUCGGUCGGCCCCGAGUCCUUCAACACGGGCACCAUGCCCACCGCCCAGCAGCAGGUCACCACGGGCCAGAUGCACAGAGGACACAUGGCACCGCUGAGUUCAGCUCAGCAGGCUCUGAUGGGCACCAUUAACACCAGCAUGCAGGCCGUCCAGCAAGCACAGACCGACCUGGGGGAGCUGGACACCCUCCCCCCUCUGGGACAGGACAGGGCGUCCCGGGUCUGGGUCCAGAACAAAGUUGACGAGUCCAAGCACGAAAUCCACUCCCAGGUGGAUGCCAUCACCGCCGGCACGGCGUCCGUCGUCAACCUCACCGCAGGGGACCCCACAGACACUGACUACACGGCAGUGGGCUGCGCCAUCUCCACCAUCUCCUCCAACCUGACGGAGAUGUCCAAGGGCGUCAAGCUGCUGGCGGCCCUGGUGGAGGACGAGGCGGGCAGCGGGCAGGACCUCAUGAGGGCGGCCAGGACCCUGGCGGGGGCCGUGUCCGACCUGCUGAAGGCCGUGGAGCCGGCGUCCGGCGAGCCUCGACAGACGGUGUUGACUGCAGCAGGCAGCAUCGGCCAGGCCAGCGGCGACCUCCUCAGGCAAAUCGGGGAGAGCGAGACGGACGAACGCUUUCAGGACGUCCUGAUGACCCUGGCCAAAGCGGUGGCCAACGCCGCCGCCAUGCUGGUGCUGAAGGCCAAGAACGUGGCGCAGGUGGCAGAGGACGCGGCGCUGCAGAACAGGGUGAUCUCAGCUGCUACCCAGUGCGCCCUCUCCACCUCCCAGCUGGUGGCCUGUGCCAAGGUGGUGAGUCCCACCAUCAGCUCCCCGGUGUGCCAGGAGCAGCUGGUGGAGGCGGGGAAGCUGGUGGACCGCUCGGUGGAGGGCUGCGUGAAGGCCUGCCACUUGGCCACCGAGGAGGCGGAGCUUCUGCGGCAGGUGGGCGCGGCCGCCAGCGUGGUGAGCCAGGCGCUCAGCGACCUCCUCCAGCACGUCCGCCACUACGCCAGUCGAGGGGAGCCCAUCGGCCGCUACGACCAGGCCACCGACACCAUCAUGACCGUCACCGAGAGCAUCUUCUGCUCUAUGGGGGAUGCUGGUGAGAUGGUCCGCCAGGCCAGGGUUCUGGCCCAGGCCACCUCCGACCUGGUGAACGCCAUGAGGUCGGACGCCGAGGCGGAGAUCGACGUGGACAACUCCAAGAAGCUGCUCGCCGCCGCCAAACUGCUGGCCGACGCCACCGCCAGGAUGGUGGAGGCCGCGAAGGGCGCCGCGGCCUACCCGGAGAACGAGGACCAGCAGCAGAGGCUGCGGGAGGCGGCCGAGGGGCUGCGCGUGGCCACCAACGCCGCCGCCCAGAACGCCAUCAAGAAGCAAGCUGGAUGACGCUCACCUAAUGCCGCCAAGCAGGCCGCGGCCGCAACCACGCAGACCAUCGCCGCUUCCCAGAAUGCAGCUACCUCCAACAAGAACACCGCGGCGCACCAGCAGCUGGUGCAGAGCUGCAAGGUAGUGGCAGACCACAUUCCUCAGCUGGUCCAGGGAGUCCGCAGCAGCCAGGCCCAGCCUGAGGACCUGAGUGCCCAGCUCACGCUCAUCAUUGCCAGCCAGAACUUCCUCCAGCCUGGAAGUAAAAUGGUGACGUCGGCGAAGUCGGCAGUCCCCACGGUGAACGACCAGGCGGCGGCCAUGCAGCUGGGCCAGUGUGCCAAAAACCUGGCCACCUGCCUGGCGGAGCUCAGGACCGCUGCGCAGAAGGCCCACGAAGCCUGCGGUCCCAUGGAAAUAGACUCUGCCCUUACUUCGGUACAGACUCUGAAGAGUGAACUUCAGGACGCCAAGAUGGCCGCCGCUGACGGGCAGCUUAAACCACUGCCUGGAGAAUCGCUUGAAAAGUGUGCUCAAGACCUGGGAAGCACAUCCAAGGCAGUGGGCUCCUCCAUGGCCCAGCUGCUCACCUGUGCUGCACAAGGCAAUGAGCACUACACAGGUGUGGCUGCCAGGGAGACCGCCCAGGCCCUGAAGACCCUGGCCCAGUCCGCCCGGGGUGUGGCUGCCUCCACCACCGACCCCCAGUCAGCGGCGGCCAUGUUGGAUUCAGCCCGCGAUGUCAUGGAGGGCUCCGCCUUGCUGAUCCACGAGGCCAAGCAGGCCCUGGUUGCCCCCGGCGAUGCAGAGAGUCAGCAGAGGUUGGCGCAGGUCGCCAAGGCCGUGUCUCACUCGCUGAAUAACUGCGUGAACUGCCUGCCGGGACAGAAGGACGUGGACAUGGCCCUGAAGAGCAUCGGGGAGUCCAGCAAGAAGCUGCUGGUGGAUACUCUCCCCCCCUCCACCAAGUCCUUCCAGGAGGCCCAAGGCGACCUCAACCAGACGGCCGCCGACCUCAACCAUUCAGCCGGGGAGGUGGUCCAUGCGUCCCGGGGCACCAGCAGCCAGUUGGCCGUGGCCUCUGGGAAAUUUGGGGAGCACUUCGACGAGUUCCUUGACGCUGGCAUCGAGAUGGCGGGCCACACCCAGAGCACAGAGGACCAGAUCCAGGUGAUUGGGAACCUAAAAAGCAUCUCCAUGGCCUCCAGCAAGCUGCUCCUGGCUGCCAAGUCGCUUUCAGUGGACCCUGGGGCAGCCAACGCCAAAAACCUACUGGCAGCUGCUGCCAGAGCAGUGACAGAGAGCAUUAACCAGCUCAUCACACUGUGUACCCAGCAGGCCCCGGGGCAAAAGGAGUGUGACAACGCCCUGCGAGAGCUGGAGGCAGUGAAAGGGAUGCUGGAGAACCCCAACGAGCCGGUCAGCGACCUGUCCUACUUCGACUGCAUCGAGAGCGUGAUGGAGAACUCCAAGGUGCUGGGGGAGUCCAUGGCGGGCAUGUCCCAGAACUGCAAGACGGGCGACGUGCCCGCGUUCGGGGAGUGCGUGUCCGGAGCUUCCAAAGCGCUGUGCGGACUGACCGAGGCCGCCGGGCAGGCCUCUUAUCUGGUGGGCGUGUCUGACCCCAACAGCCAGGCGGGUCACCAGGGGCUGGUGGAUCCCAUCCAGUUUGCGAGAGCCAAUCAAGCCAUCCAGAUGGCCUGCCAGAACUUGGUGGACCCCGGCAGCAGCCCGUCCCAAGUGCUCUCCGCGGCCACCAUCGUCGCCAAGCACACCUCGGCCCUGUGCAACGCCUGCCGCCUGGCCUCCUCCAAAACCACCAACCCCGUGGCUAAGAGGCACUUUGUCCAGUCCGCCAAGGAGGUGGCCAACAGCACCGCUAACCUCGUCAAAACCAUAAAGGCGCUUGAUGGGGACUUCUCAGAAGAAAACAGGGACAGGUGUCGAGUUGCCACAGCACCACUCAUCGAGGCUGUGGAGAACCUGACGGCUUUCUCCUCCAACCCAGAGUUCGCCAGCAUUCCUGCACAGAUCAGCAAUGAGGGUUCAGCUGCUCAGGAGCCCAUCCUGCGGUCGGCGUGUGCCAUGCUGGACAGCUCCACCCAGCUGCUCGACACUGCCCGCUCGCUCGUCAUCAACCCCAAGGACCCGCCUACCUGGUCCGUCUUGGCUGGCCACUCCCGCACCGUGUCCGACUCCAUCAAGAGCCUCAUCACCGCCAUCAGGGACAAAGCCCCAGGUCAGAGGGAGUGCGACUACUCCAUCGACAGCAUUAACAAGUGCAUCCGGGACAUCGAGCAGGCCUCUCUGGCUGCUGUCAGCCAGAGUCUGCCCACACGAGAUGACAUCUCGCUGGAGGCUUUGCAGGACCAGCUGACAUCUGCAGUGCAGGAGAUCGGCCAUCUCAUUGACCCCAUCAUGACAGCCGCAAGGGGCGAGGCCGCCCAGCUGGGGCACAAGGUGACUCAGCUGGCCAGUUACUUUGAGCCCCUGGUUGUGGCCUCGGUGGGCAUGGCCUCUAAGCUCCUGGACCACCAGCAGCAGAUGAUCGUGUUGGACCAGACCAAGACCCUGGCAGAGUCCUCCCUUCAGAUGCUGUACGCUGCCAAGGAAGGAGGGGGUAACCCAAAAGCGUGCCACACCCAUGACGCCAUCGCCGAGGCUGCCCAGCUGAUGAGGGAGGCGGUCGAUGACAUCAUGGUAACCCUGAACGAGGCAGCCAGCGAGGGCGGCAUGGUGGGAGGGAUGGUGGAGUCCAUCGCAGAAGCCAUGGGCAGGCUGGACGAAGGCACGCCCCCGGAGCCGGAGGGCUCCUUUGUGGACUACCAGACGACGAUGGUGAAGUACUCCAAAGCCAUCGCAGUCACCGCCCAGGAGAUGAUGGCGAAGUCCGUGACCAGCCCGGAGGAGCUGGGCGGCCUGGCCUCUCAGGUGACCGCAGACUACGGCCAGCUGGCCCUGCAGGGACGACUGGCGGCCGCCACAGCAGAGCCAGAGGAGAUCGGGUUCCAGAUAAAGACUCGGGUCCAGGAGCUGGGCCACGGCUGCAUCUUCCUGGUCCAGAAGGCGGGCGCCCUGCAGGUGACCCCCACGGACAGCUUCACCAAGAGGGAGCUCAUCGAGUGCGCACGCGCCGUCACCGAAAAGGUCUCCAUGGUGCUGUCGGCCCUGCAGGCAGGGAACAAGGGGACACAGGCCUGCAUCACGGCCGCCGGCGCCGUCACCGGGAUCAUCGCAGACCUGGACACCACCAUCAUGUUCGCCUCGGCUGGCACACUCAACGCCGAGAACAACGAGUCCUUCGCCGACCACAGGGAGAACAUCCUGAAGACUGCCAAGUCCUUGGUGGAGGACACCAAGAUGCUGGUGGCGGGGGCGGCCUCCAGCCCGGACAAGCUGGCCCAGGCAGCCCAGUCCUCCGCCAAGACCAUCACCCAGCUGACCGACGUGGUGAAGCUGGGCUCGGCCAGCAUCGGGUCCGACGACCCGGAGACGCAGGUGGUGCUGAUAAACGCGGUGAAGGACGUGGCGAAGGCGCUGGCCGAGCUGAUCGGGGCCACCAAAUGCGCAGCGGGAAAACCGGCCGACGACCCGUCCAUGUACCAGCUGAAGAGCGCCGCCAAGGUGAUGGUGACGAACGUGACGUCGCUCCUGAAGACGGUGAAGGCGGUGGAGGACGAGGCCACUCGCGGGACGAGGGCGCUGGAGGCCACCAUAGAGUGCAUCAAGCAGGAGCUAACGUUGUUCCACUCCAAGGACGUUCCGGAGAAGUCCACCACCCCUGAAGAGUUCAUCCGCAUGACCAAGGGCAUCACCACGGCGACAGCCAAAGCCGUGGCGGCGGGCAACUCCGCCCAGCAGGAGGACGUGAUCUCGACGGCCAACCUGAGCCGCAAGGCCAUCUCCGACAUGCUGACCGCGUGCAAGCAAGCUGCGUACCACCAGGAGGUGAGUGAGGACGUGCGGGACAGAGCCCUGGUCCUGGGGAGUGAGUGUACAGCAGGGUACCUGCGCCUGCUGGAGCACGUGCUGCAGGUUGUGCAGAAGCCCACGCCGGAGCAGAAGCAGCAGCUCCCGCCGUUCUCUAAGCGCGUGGCCAGCGCCGUCACCGAGCUCAUCCAAACGGCGGAGGCCAUGAAAGGCUCGGAGUGGGUGGACCCAGAAGACCCCACUGUGGUUGCGGAGACGGAGCUCCUGGGGGCGGCGGCAUCCAUUGAGGCCGCAGCCAAGAAACUCGAACAGCUCAAGCCAAGAGGAAAGCCCAAGCAAGCAGACGAGACCUUGGACUUUGAGGAGCAGAUCUUGGAGGCGGCCAAAUCCAUCGCCGCAGCGACCAGUGCCCUGGUGAAGUCGGCUUCGGCGGCACAGAGGGAGCUGGUGGCGCAGGGCAAGGUGGGGUCUAUCCCUGCUAAUGCCGUGGAUGAUGGCCAGUGGUCCCAAGGCCUCAUCUCUGCUGCUCGCAUGGUGGCCGCGGCGACCAGCAGCCUGUGUGAAGCGGCGAACGCCUCGGUCCAGGGCCACGCCAGCGAGGAGAAGCUCAUCUCCUCCGCUAAGCAGGUGGCCGCCUCCACCGCUCAGCUGCUGGUGGCCUGCAAGGUCAAAGCUGACCAGGACUCCGAAGCCAUGAAGAGACUGCAGGCUGCGGGGAACGCGGUGAAGAGGGCGUCCGAUAACCUGGUUCGAGCCGCGCAGAAGGCGGCCUUCGCGAAGGUGGACGAUGACAGCGUGGUGGUCAAGACCAAGUUCGUUGGAGGGAUUGCUCAGAUCAUUGCAGCGCAGGAAGAGAUGCUGAGGAAGGAGAGGGAGCUGGAGGAGGCCAGGAAGAAGCUGGCGCAGAUUCGACAGCAGCAAUACAAGUUCCUGCCCACAGAGCUGCGGGAGGAAGGGAACUGAACCUCAAACUCCAACUGAACCAAUCUUACCCAAGCUGAGCCAACCCAACCCAACCUAACAUUACACACACUGAACCAACCAAACCUAAUCUUACACACGCUGAACCAACACAACUCAACCUUACACACACUGAGCCAUCCCAACCUAAACUUACAUGAGCUGAGGCAACUCAACCUUACACAUGCUGAACCAACCCAAGCCAAUCUUACACAUGCUGAGCCAACACAACCUAACCUUACCCAAGCUGAACCAACCCAACUUAAACCUACCCAAGCUAAACCAACCCAAGCAAACCUUACAUGAGCUGAACCAAUUCAAGCUAACCUUAGCCAAGCUGAACCAAACCAGCCCAAACCUGACCCAAGCUAAACCAAUACAACCCAACCUAAGACAAGCUGAACCAACAUAAGCCAACCUUACCUAAGCUCAAACAAACUAAGCCAACCUUAGCUAAGCUCAACCAACCAAAAUCAACUUCACCGUUGCUGAACCAACACAAGUAAACCUAACCAAGCUGAACCAAUACAAACCAACUUUACUGAACCUGAAACAACCCAAGCCAACCUUACCAAGCUGAACCUACCCAACCUUGCCUGACCUAGACUGAAUGGCCCCUAUCCAAUCAAUUGUACCUGACAAAGACAAACCUACCUGACUCAGCACUACCCAACACAACCUUACAAAUACUGACACAACCAUUGACCCAACCCAACCUGAUGUAACCCACACCAACCUGAACUGGACCAGCCUUUCCCGAUCUGACCCAUCCCAUACUGCACUGAUUGUGUGUGCGUGUGCGUGCGUGUAUUUCUGACUGUCUCUGUCUUUAUGUGACGUGUACAGGCCCAUUUUACAGGCUAGCUCACUCAGUGUGUGAGCCAACAGAGCUGGCUGGUGUCAGCUUCAGACAGCCUGUGAAAAAGAGCUCUGUUCCUGCUUGCUCAGGAGUCAGAAGCAGCAGCGAAAGUGUGAAGCAGGUACCCAGUCACACCAUGUAUCACACUCACUUUAAUCAUUGGAAUGACUGUAAGUCUAAUAUUAUAAACACUUCCAAAUGUUCAUAUUGUCUUUGUGAAGGGGGUUGUUUAAAGCAAUUGUUUCAAGCCUCUGAUAAAGUGUUUCUUUCUACCGGCAGGAAGGAAUUUCAUGAUCGACAGAGAGUAUGUGUAUGCGCAAACACACACGCAAAAUCUGUUGUUUUAUAUCUUUUCAAGAAAAAGAAAAUAGUUAUUUUAGCCUUUUGAAGGCAAAACCCACACAGUAAAUCCACAGCAAAUCUCUAUAGGAGACUGGAGGUGUUCCUCAAGCCCUGUACUGCUUACUCCCUCUCCAAAAUGUUCUGUUCCUAUGAUCUUGAUCUUGAGUAUGGUGUACCGAAAGGCAGGGAUAUUUGGACAGUGAAGGAUGAUUUAUUUUUGUCUUUAUUUUCUUUGGAUUUAAUCCUUUCAAUCCAUUCUUCCAAUGGUGUGGAGAGCAUCCUUUUAGCUACUGCAACAGAGCUCCAUAAGGCAGAAGCUCAACAGCUUUCUGAGCCCACAAUGCACCUUGUGUUUGAAUACGUUUACUUCUUCUAUCCUAAACAUUUAUCUGCUUCUAUCUAAAUUAAAAUAUGGAAUCACAAUGUUAGCAUAUGUCAGAACAACUGCACUUACACUAUACCUGAGAUGUUCUGAUUUUCGUCCAUGCUAUAAGUAACGCAGGACAUGAAGAAGGGCGGUGUUUCGCUUUGACUGGUGUGAACGUCAAUGCAUUUGUUUAAAUAGCCUGUUAUUUAUCUUCACUUUAACACUUCAAGGCCUAGAGUUUGGGAGUCCCUGCUGUAACAACACAGAAUGCAGGACUGCAUGGGAUAUGUCUUUAUUUAGUCGGUCAUGUUAACAUGGACACCUGUGACUCCCAUUGGUAGCACCAAAAGCUUGGGUGCCCAUAUUAUCUAUGGUUAAGGUAAAGAAAGUUCUGUGAAUGUGAUCUACUUUUACUAGAAUAGAAUGGAUUGUUUCUUCUCCAUCUCUCAAACAUAGCCCGUUGGAGCACUACAUUUUAAGAAAGUAUUUAAUGCGUAUGCCUGCACAGACUGCACUUGAGAGUGCUGUAACUAUUUGUGCUGUACAGUACGUACUGUGGUAUCUACAGUCUAGUCCGAUUCGUGUUUUUCUACAUCUCUGCUACAUGUGGAGCCAGCCAUGUUCUACAGUAGCUGGUUCUCCAGGCAUUUAAAUAAAACGUUAAAAUGAAAACCGGCACAUAAAAUAAUAAAAUAGGUAGCAUUUGACAACUCUUACUCAAUACAGAUUUAGCAUAUGAGUACAUGGAACCAUGUCUAAAUUUGUUAUGUCACUUCACUAUGGAUCUAUAUAAGAUGUUAUUUUGCAGUAGAAACAAGCCAGAUGGUGUAUUUUAUUGGUUACUCAAUAAUGUAUUAUUUUUCAAAUGUGAAAAUGUAAAUGGGAUCAUUUAGCCCUCUGGGUCUCCUGCUCUGUGCCUCUGUUCUGCCCUGCUUAUUCAGUUACACAGGGUAUUAUGAAUAGUGACAGCCCUGGAUGCAUACAGAUACUCCAGCUCUGGAUGUAAGGCUUCUCUCCUGCCAUUGAAGGCCACAGAGAACCCGGACCAGGGAGUCUUAUUUCCACUUACACUGAGAAAUCAAGAUGCUUUGGGCGAUGGCUGCUGAAUAUGUAGCACUGUUGUGGUUCAAGGUGUUUUUCAAGGCAGCAUUUAAAAGUGGCCGAUGUGAAGAUGUGCUUCCUGACUUUGUACCACCCAGGUUACGGGACGCAAGCUGUUUUCGCUACAGAGCGUGUAAGCGCUCCAAGGCACCAGCAACCAGAGUAGACACGUUCCUAAAGUGAGCUGCAUUUAGUGAGUGGUCCUUCAUCGAUGGAAUCACCAGCCCAGAAUGCUUUAGAACAUGGAGCCUGCAUCGGGGUGGCAUCCAGGUGAUGUCAGUCCUGAUGACCCAUCUGUGUUUUUAGAUCCUGUUGUGAAGAAUGCAGUUUAGUUUAGUCAUUUAGCAGACGCUUGGCGCUUCACUCCUAGUCCCGUGCACUGUCUGAUGGCCGACUUUUCGCCAACUUCCCCCGUAGAUGAAGGCUCCAGUGGUUUCUACUUUAAGGGCUUUUUAGUUUUUUUGCUUUAUUUAAUAAUUUCAUUGCAUUUGCAUUUCUAGCCUGGUUCUGGCCUCGGCUUUGGGCUCAGGAGUUCUGUCAGAGCAGGUGAAUUGAUUUUGAGACUUGAAGCAGUUCCACUUCACUUUUGGGGGAGGGCUGAGACAGACUUUUCUUCACGGUACCAUGUUUCUGGUUGUAUUUCACGCUUCAGCCAAUUGAUUCCCUGUCACGGUCUCCUGACAAACAGAACUGGCCUCGCCUGGUCAUUGUGAACAAGUUUGUUUAUAGAUGUUCUCAGUGAAUACCCCCCCCCCUCCCCCACCAUUGAACUCCCCCAUUCCAAGUGUGAGAAGAUGACAUGACACCCUUGCUGCAUCGAAUAUGCAGAUGUACAGACGAUUUUGGACGUGACAUAAAUAACCCCUCUUACUCUUGCAGUGCUGUAGACGCUGUAGGGAGCGCUGACAUUUCUCAUUUUGAAGCACUCUGUAUUCUGACCACGUUUCCUCUGACUCCUGCAAUAUUUCAGCCUCAGCCCGAUGCUGAAUUACGAGAGCCAGAAACCCCGACACCUUGCCGUAUGGCGCGUUUAAUCACCGGGUCACGCACCGCUGCGCGCAACGUUUUACAAAAUGACAUCUCUUCUGUGCGCCCUUUGUCCCUGGAGAGUUUCUGGUCCGGGCUGCGUCGCGUAUUAGUGCCUUAGUCUGUUUGCUCUCAAAGUCUUUCACUUGUAAGAACUGCAGCUUGUCCGCCCCAGUUAUGGGGGCCAGGGGGUCUGCUACCCUUCAGUACUCUGCUCAGACCUGGUCUGACCCUGUCCAAAUGGGUCAGGGUCAGCCUGUCACCCCCACUCUACUCUUCCAUAUCAGCGCCUUCAUCCCCUGCUUAUUCAGCAUUGCCUUGGAGGACUGCAGAACUGUCUGCUGGUCUAAUAAUGUGCAGAUAUGUGAGACAUUGACUCUGGACCGCAUUUCAAGAGCACGUGCUAAGAUGCUUUUGAGCUCCGACAGGUGUGUUUUUCAGUCUUGCUUAAGUCUCAACAAGACUGUAGAGUUGAUGUCCUGUUCUCCUCGGUCUUUCUGUUGCCACUAUGAAUAUUGUUUGUUUGUUUUUACUCUAAUAAUAAAUGUAAGGAAGAUAUAAAUCUCAAUGAUACAGCUUAUCGUGAUGUAUUUUACUGGAAAACUAUAAGACUCGUACCUGUAUUGGAGCUGUUGUUGUUUGCUGUUCCAUUGAAGGAAUGAAGUAGUUGUCAGAGAACCACAGUGAGAGGAGACAUAAAAAAUAAUCUGUAUGUAAACUAUUUAUCUGGCCACAAAAAAAAUAUUUUUUGUAUUCACUGAAAAUAAAGGCUUUCAAAUUA